UAUGAAAACAAUAUGUCUCUUGAUUGUCAUAUUAAUGAUGGCAAAUACACAACAAGUAUUAAUGGGAUAAAUCUAAAAAAGGAUUCUUGUUAUGAAGUUGAUCCAAAAGACCCUCCAAGAAAUAAAGAAAAGAUUCGGUUAAUUUAUCAUUCAGGUUGGACAGAAUAAUUGGUUGUAGCAAAACCUAAAGGAAAUAGACCAUAACCUUAAGAAUAUAUGAAUUAAGAAUAUAUUGAUUAACAUUUGAAGUAUUUUAGAUAUGGAGCAUCAUUUAUAAUAACAACAGCAUGGUUGGAUAAUAAUGGUAGAGAAUUCAUAGGAAAUAAAAAUGGAAUAUUUGUGAUACCAAAAUCAUAAAUGGAUUAAUUAUUAAAGACAGCAAAUGGCAAUUUAUCAAUUGUAGAGAGAAAUCUUGGAGUUACCCCAGGAGGCUGGUAAUUUAGAAGGUUGAGUAGAAUAGAUGUUCCAUUUCCUGAGAAAUUUGGUGUUAGAAUGCCUACUGGAAAUGAAGUAGGUGCUAAUUAAUAUUGGAGACCUGGAGGAGUAUUACCAAAUGGAUUAUUAGAAGCUGUUAUUGAUAUGGUUCCAAAAAUUGAUUAUUAGGAAUUCUAAUUGAACCUAUAAUGAAAUGACA